UCUGUCUUGUUUACUUUACAAAGAUUUGCAGAUAACAUUUUGACAAAACCUCUUCGUGUCAUGUUCUUCCUUUUUCUCACCAGACAUAAUCUGAGAGAAAGAGAGGAGGAUUCAUGAGCAGUUCCGAGAGACAUCCGUGCGAUUUCUGCGGCGAGCGAGCGGCGGUUCUGUUCUGUAGAGCCGACACGGCGAAGCUCUGUUUACCCUGUGACCAGCAAGUGCACACCGCGAAUCUCCUCUCCAAAAAGCACGUGCGAUCUCAGAUCUGCGAUAAUUGCGGCAACGAGCCUGUCUCCGUCCGGUGCUUCACCGACAACCUCGUCUUGUGUCAGGACUGCGAUUGGGAUGUCCACGGGAGCUGUUCCGUCUCCGACGCUCAUGUCCGCUCCGCCGUGGAAGGGUUCUCCGGCUGUCCAUCGGCGUUGGAGCUCGCCGCUUUGUUGGGAGUCGAUCUGGGAGGGAGGAAAGAAGAGAACGAAGGGUCGUCGACGACGAUGAUGAUGAUGACGACGAUGGAGAGUUUCGGGAUGCAGCUGGAUUCGUGGGUUACUGGAUCUAACGUUUUGCAAGAGCUGGUUGUGCCGGUGCCCAAGGAGACGACGUCGUUUAGGAAGCGUGGGUCUAGCUGUGGGAGGUAUAAGCAGGUGUUGUGCAAACAGCUUGAGGAGUUGCUCAAUAAUGGUGACGGAGAAGCUAGGGAAGGGCUUAUGGUUCCGGAGAUGACAGAGAGAAUGGGACGGGCGAGAGAUGCAGAGGAAAUCAAUAGCGGUGGAGAAGUUAUCCAGCAGCCUCCCACGACGUCGUUUACUUCUUUGCUGUGGAAUGCUGAUAAUCCUAGUGCUAGUAGUGGUGGUGGCCGGACUACUCAGAUAUGGGAUUUUAACUUGGGACAGUCAAGAGACACUAAAGAUGCAUAUGUAACAAAAGAUGAUAAAUCAUUCACAAUCAACAGCUUUGUUGACCUCAUGAAUGAUACUUGCUCCACUAAGCCCAAAGGUGUUAAACAGAUUUGCCAGGAUGAUUGCUAUCGACCAACUUCAAGCCAGGUGCCAGCAACAUCUGAGAGCAGCAAUCUUCCACUUACAUUUAGCUCCGAGAAAGGCUCAAACUCCGCCGCUAGCUGUAAGACCACGAGAGUAGUGGCAACCAAGUCUGAUCUGGAGCAACUGGCUCAGUACAGAGACAAUGCAAUGCAGCGUUACAAGGAAAAGAGGAAAACUCGGAGAUAUGAUAAGACGAUCAGGUAUGAAUCGAGGAAGGCAACAGCUGAUACAAGGUUGCGUGUCAAAGGACGAUUUGUGAAAGCUACUGAAGCUCCUUAAGGUCUCUUGACAUAGGUCUCCUAUUAGCUUACAAAGUUAGGAACUUUUUGUCUACUCCCCCUGCCACGGAAAUGUAUAUAUAAAUCUGUCUUGUUUCAUUUGUGGCAGCCUUGUCUUUUUGUGUGUCGUAUCUGGCCUCUUUAUGUAUACCCUGGAAACUUCUUUAGUUUAAAAAGGAUUGUGUGUUUAAACUUGUAGUCACAGUGGCGGAUGUAGAUGGACAAAGGGUGGGGCAGUUGCCCACCAUGGUUUUUAAAAUUUCAGUGUAUUUUUUCAAA